AACACGUGGUCCAGCAUGGAGGAACUGGCUGGGGUGAUGCCCUUGCUUGGCAUGGGUGGCUGGAGGGCACUUAAAAAGCUCUGCAUGGUCACCUGCAUUUAACACCAGCAAGAAACCUCCUGCCAUGACCCCAGGAAGGGCUGGGAGAGCCGAUGAAGCAGAUGCAGGUGGUCCUCACCAAAGCAUCAUGGGUGAUGGCAAACCUAACAACUCCUCCAGCCUGGACCAGAGUCAUCAACAGUUCCUUGGACCCAAGUGGCACAGGAGACACCUACAAGUGCAUAUUUGAUGAGGACUUCAAGUAUGUCCUGCUGCCUGUCUCCUACGGCAUCGUGUGUGUGGUGGGGCUCUUUCUUAACCUUCUGGCCCUCUACGCCUUCAUCUUUAGGAUCAAGACCUGGAAUGCCUCCACCACAUACAUGUUCAACCUGGCCGUGUCCGACACACUCUAUGUGGUCUCCCUCCCCCUCCUGGUGUAUUAUUAUGCCAUGGGGGACAACUGGCCCUUCAGUGUGGGCUUGUGUAAGAUAGUCCGUUUCUUGUUUUACACCAACCUCUACUGCAGCAUCCUCUUCCUCCUCUGCAUCAGCAUCCAUCGAUUCCUGGGCAUCUGCUUCCCGCUGAAGUCACUGCAGUGGGGACACGUUCGCUAUGCCCAGAGGGUGUCGGUCAUCGUCUGGGUGGUGACCGUCGCAUGCCAGUCGCCCGUGCUCUUCUUCGUCACCACCAGCGUGAAGCGUGACACCAUCACCUGCCAUGACACGUCCAGCAAGGACCUCUUUGGCCAGUUUGUCAUAUACAGUUCGGUGAUGCUGGUGCUGCUUUUCUGCAUCCCUUUCCUCAUCAUCAUCGUCUGCUACUGUCUAAUGGCCCGGAGGCUGCUGCAGCCCACACGAGGCAUCUCCCGGUUGUCCCGAUCCAAAAAGAAAUCAGUCAAGAUGAUAAUCAUCGUCUUGAUGGUCUUCAUCGUUUGUUUUCUUCCUUUCCAUGUCACUCGUACCUUGUACUACUCCUUCCGGAGCUGGGACUUGAGCUGUCAGACCCUCAAUGCUAUCAAUUUGGCCUAUAAGGUGACUCGUCCCCUAGCUAGCACCAACAGCUGCUUGGAUCCCAUUUUGUAUUUCUUAGCAGGACAACGAUUUAUGAAGUUUGCAGGCAGCAAAAUGCCAGGGAAGCCUCAAAACGAAAUGGCACUGGGCAUCGUGCCCAACAGUCACCUGGGAACCAGCAACGACACAGCCACGUUAUCCACGGAUGUGAGCUCCUAGCUCCGCUCCAGCGCGGGUGGCACCGUCUCCGAGACAGAAGGGUUUAUCCCGGGUGCAGAGGGAGGUCAGGAUGCUUCAGGGCCCGAGGGUUUUGGUGGUUGAGGUGCCGUGGCUCGCACCCACUUCAGCAUGGUCCAUGUUAAAUGUGGUCCUCUGCUCGUCACCGUUUCAAACGUGUUUUUUUCAGGAAGAUGCCACUGUGGUUCUACAAACCCCGUGUCUCUGCCUCUUCAUCCAAGCCUGCCUCUGUUCAACGCUGAAUGGCAUCUCUCCACCAGUGAGGCUGAGUGACCUCUAUCACGGUGGCCAAAUCUUCUAAAAAAAAAAAAACCCAAAUCACACCCUGUACAUCUGAGAUCAUUUUCUAAAGCAGAAAUGUUGUGUGCAAAAAGUUCCCCUAAAGAAAUCCCUCUGCCCUUCUGCAGAUUCCCUGGCACAGAGGUAUCAAGGGUUUCUCUGUGCCUUGGCAAGGGAGGAAAGGCUCUUGGUCCAUGAGGAGAGUCAGCUGCGGUUCUGCUAAACAGGGUGAUGAAAAUGUCGAGCGGAAAUACCACCCGCAGCAGGAAAGGGUCUCUCACAGCUUUGUUUCCAUGGAGAAAUGCUCUCCCAGCUUCAAGCCCUGGCAUCUGCUGGAGGGGACUCCCAGAUCCUGUCCAAGGGCUGGCUUCCCAUUAAAAAGGGUGCUGGUAGACCUUCCAUCCCACUGGAGUAUACUGGUACCAUCCCACUGGAGUUUAGUGGUACCAUCAAGUAGGUCACCUUUAGAGUUCUCCAGUGGGGCCAACAUCUUCCAGGAGACCUGUUAGUGCUUCCCAACAGCAACUCUCGACAAGUUUUUCAGAACCUGUAGCUUUCCCUCAGCUGCUAACUUUAAUCAUCAUCUCCAGCUCAUCAAAAUCUAGGGUGAGCUCUUCAUGUCUUGUUUUUUAAUUUUCUUACUAGUGACUCGUAUUUCCAGCAAAGAAGCGAAGACCGUUGCUCAUCCCCUUCUCUGAGUGCUGCCACAUCCUUAUUUCUGCUCAGAGGUGACAGCCCUCUGUGACCUUUAGCAGCUUGGUGUGACCCAAAAUGCUGCCCAGAUGCUGCUGCCUGGUCUCCCCAUAAUCCCAGUAAGCCCAGUGCUCCACUGGAGCCAGUCAGCAUAUCCCUUACUGACAGCGUAGACCUUCCCUGGGAAAUUUGGCAACGCUAAGCCCUGGGUUUAGGAGCCAUACCAGUAAACAUGGUGCUAAGCUUAACCCCAGUCCUGUUUGGAUUUGGCCUUGCAUUCCCCGACAGCCAGGAUAGUUCAAAGUAAACUGGAGAAAAUAUCCACAAAAUACUUCCCCCGAAGGUCUACUCAGUCUUUCUCUCUAAUUGUGGGGUUAGAGAACCAAGAGCCAAGGUCUAUGGUUUCCUUGACCAGCUUUGCCACGAGGAUGCUGUUUCCUCACCCCAAAAAUGAAAAUUGCUUGUUCUGCAGCACUGGACCAGUCGUAUUUUAGGAUUGGUUCUAUUUUAGUGUUAGGCAAACACAUUUGAUGCUGGUUUAGAUUGUUUCCUCAGACCUCUUAGUUUCUCCUAUCCAUCCUUCUUAUGAAGUGGCUUGGUGGAGAUAGACACGUCGCGACAUAACCGGAUGAGUUCAGUCAGGGGUGACUGAGGCCAUUCAGGGUUAACUGGGAGGUUCCUGUGGUCCCGGCUCAGUGGAGCCGUGGUCCCAUGGAGGACUCUUGUCCCAGCCAACAAUGUCCUAACCACAGGAGGCAAAGGAGUGGACUGUCUCAGCUCUGAGCACCAUCGAGAAAUGAAAAUAGGACAUUUGUAGGGUGGUUCAUCUCAUCCUUGAGUGAACUUUUAGAAUAGGAUCGGGUUAAGAUAGGACUUGCACUGUGGCAGCACCUUUUUUUCCUUCUGCCUGUGAAGGCUUGGCUUUAUGGGGAGGGUCACGUUAUAGUCACCAGGGCGAGACAAAGAAUUGGGAAAAAUUAAUUCAACCAAAGCGCUGAACUGGUACAAACAUUACUCCAGGCCAGGUCUUGCCUGGUCUCCUGCACUUGCCAGAAAGAAGCAUGAACUCCAAGUUACGUGCUCUGAAUAAUUCAGCAAAAAUGUGCUCAAAGUUCACUCCUGCAGUCCUGUUCCUCGAUCCCACCUUUCUCUGAGCUGGCAUCAGCUGACUUCAAACCACCACCUUGGACAACACUGCCAGUCCCUUCAGGGGAGCCCUUCUGUGGUCCCGGUCCCGUGCGAGCUAGUGGCACUGUUCACAUGCAGAGCGGUUGGAGAGGUACCAACUGGAAAUUUAUAUAUAGAUUUUGGUUUUGUUUGUAAAAUCACUAACUUAUACUAAAAAAAAA